GGCGGGCCGGAAGUCGGGCAGGGAGCGGCGUGCAGGAGCCCCGCCCUCCUGGGCUGGAUUCCGUGCGGGGGGCGGGGAAGUGGGCGGGGUCUGUGGCCGCGGGAAUCCCGACCCCGCCCUUUUCCCCACCCCUCCAUUUCUCGCCAUGGCCCCUGCACUGCUCCUGGUCCCUGCUGCCCUCGCCUCUUUCAUCCUGGCCUUUGGCACCGGAGUGGAGUUCGUGCGCUUUGCCUCCCUUCAGCCACUUCUUGGAGGGAUCCCGGAGUCUGUUGGUCCGGAUGCCCGCCAGGGAUGGCUGGCUGCCCUGCAGGACCGCAGCAUCCUUGCCCCCCUGGCAUGGGAUCUGGGCCUCCUGCUUCUAUUUGUUGGGCAGCAUAGCCUCAUGGCAGCUGAGAGAGUGAAAGCAUGGACAUCCCGGUACUUUGGGGUCCUUCAGAGGUCACUGUAUGUGGCCUGCACUGCCCUGGCCUUGCAGCUGGUGAUGCGGUACUGGGAGCCCAUACCCAGAGGCCCCGUGUUGUGGGAGGCUCGAGCUGAGCCAUGGGCCACCUGGGUGCCCCUCCUCUGCUUUGUGCUCCAUGUCAUCUCCUGGCUCCUCAUCUUCAGCAUCCUUCUCGUCUUUGACUACGCUGAGCUCAUGGGCCUCAAACAGGUGUACUACCAUGUGCUGGGGCUGGGCGAGCCUCUGGCCCUGAAGUCUCCCCGGGCUCUCAGACUCUUCUCCCACCUGCGCCACCCAGUGUGUGUGGAGCUGCUGACAGUGCUGUGGGUGGUGCCCACGCUUGGCACAGACCGUCUCCUCCUUGCUCUCCUCCUUACCCUCUACCUGGGCCUGGCUCAUGGGCUUGAUCAGCAAGACCUCCGCUACCUCCGGGCCCAGCUGCAAAGAAAACUCCACCUGCUCUCUCGACCCCAGGAUGGGGAGGCAGAGUGAGAAGCUCACUCUGGUUACAAGCCCUGUUCUUCCCCUCCCCCAAAUUCUUUAUGUUGUUGAGAUGCAGUCUUGCUCUGUGGCCCAGGCUGGAGUUCAAUGGCGCAAUCUUGACUCACUGCAACCUCCGCCUCCCAGGUUCAAGUGAUUCUCCUGCCUCAGGCUCCUGAGCAGCUGGUAUUACAGGCUCUCGCCACAACACACAGCUAAUUUUUGUAUUUUUAGUAGAGACAGGGUUUCGUCAUGUCGGCCAGGCUGGUCUUGAACUGCUGACCUUGUGAUCCGCCUGCCUUAGUCUCCCAAAGUGCUGGAAUUACAGGCAUGAGCCACCACGCCCAGUCUCUCUCCCCCUGAAUUCUAAAUCUUUAACAUCCAGGCCCUGGCUGCUUCAGGCCAGAGGCUCAAAUCCAUGGACUAAAGGAGUUGCCCCUUCCACUACUUGCUACUUUAUUCUCUGGGUCCAGCUCCAUACUCUAAAUUCUGAGUUUCAGCCACUGAACUCCAAGAGUCCACAUCUCACCAGCAAGGAAGAGCAGGGUAUGGAAUUCAUCUGUCUCCUCACUGUUUAGGGCAUGGCAUGCUCCCCUUCAACAGUCUCCUAGAAGGAAAGGAUCUGCCCUGACCAUUCCGCUGGCGGGCACCAUUGCUUCUCUCUGUGCCUCUGGGAUCCCCCUCCCACUUCGCCACCUCUGGCUUCCACUCCGAGAAGCUGGACCAGGGUCUGCAAGUUCAAAGGCAGUGGCUGUCCCUCCAGGCCCCACACCUUGCCUCAGCACUCCCGGCCCUAGUGUCUGCACCUCCUUAGGCCCUGCCUCUGAACCUAGUCAAGAGGAUUCUCCCGUUCUUAACUUGGGGCUUCCUGUUCUGGAUGCUCUGCAGGAAAAUAAAAGCCUGAUUUUUCUACGUA